GGCGAUCCCGAGAAAACAAAGCAAAAACCCCAAUGCGAAUGCGAUUGAGGUCGGGAAUGGCGAAUCCACGCACAUCUUCACAAUGAACACGGAUCGUCGGAACUUGAUUCCCAGAGGCCUCCCCGCAUCUGGGUCAGACUCCGAUUCAGCAACACCUCCUCCGCCCGCCCUAAAACCAAUCCAGAAACCAAACAAACAGCCAAAUAUCUACCAGAAACGAUCGGAAUUCUCGGCGCCGGACAAUCUACUAGGGUUAAGCAUCGACACGGGAAAACCGGAUCCUGCCGCCGCGUCCUCCGACCCGAAUUCAACAGAAAGUCGUGCGGAAUAUAUGUUUAUCCGAUAAGGAUAAAUCGAAGAAAGGAAUCGCAAGGCUGGCUUCCUUUUUUUUCCCCUCCUUUUCAGCUUCGUGAUCCCCAGUUUCUCAAAAAUGGCGAUGGCGUGGAAGUAUGAUAGAGAGAGAAUGGGGACACGAAGGAAGGGGGGAAAAAGUGGGAGAGGAAAAAAAGGGGAAAGAAAGUGACGGAAAAAAGGAGAGUCAACGGU